AUGAUGAUUCUACAAGAUAAGUUUCCUAGAGAUAUUGCACUUGAGAUCGUACGUGCGAAAUUGAACAUGCGAAAAGAGUGGAACUUAGAGAAGUUAAUGAAGUUGCUGUACGAAAUAAUUCAGGCUCGGGAAUGCGUAGGGACUAGUUUUUCCUCAAGGUAUGUUAGAAAAGACGAGUUAAAGACGGCAGACACUACUCGUGGAAGAGAGGUGGCACGGAUACAGACUUCAUACCAAGUGGCAGAAUCAGCGAUCGGAAGGAUUAAGAUUAGAAGACCAUGUAUAUUUUGUAAGGGAGAGCACUUCAAUAGUGAGUGCAAAAGGUAUGGCACGUUGGAACAACGUAAGAGACGCGCUUAUGAGUUAGGACUGUGCAUUAAGUGCUUAAGGUCUAACCAUAGGUUUAAGAACUGUACGAUCACUAAGAAAUGCUGUUACUGCCAGAAAGAUCACAAUUCUGCGUUCUGUGAUAGGUUCGGUAACGUCGUGAACUGG